ACAGGGCUUUGCAAGACUGCAAAGAUAUUUUUAUAAAUAGAAAAAAUAAUAAUAUUAACUUAUAAUAAAUUGUGCUGAGAUUUAAAUCUAAUAAAGAAAUAUUGAAAAAUAAUAAAUAUUUUUCAAAUUAACAAAAUGGAAAAUGUUCAAGAGACUACAGAACAAAAGGAAACAAAUGAAACUUGUGAAGAAAUUAUAAAACCAGACGACCAACAAAUACUUCAGCAACAGCAUGUGGAAGAAGAACAACCUUUACAACAACAAGAGCAAAAACAAGAAGAACAGCAUAAACAACAAGAUUUAACAGAACCACAAGUGGCUGAGGAAGAUUCGCAACAGAAACUUGAAGUAAAAGAAAAACUAUUAGAUGCAAUUGCUGAAGCACCUGCAGUUGUUGAAAACCAUCCAUCCGAACCCCAGACUAUAGCCUAUGAAGAACAUAAUGAUGAAGAGGAGGAAGACGAAGAUGAUGAUGAAGAAAAAGAAACUUCCCAGAAAUUGGUAAUAGAUAUACCAGACGAAGAAGAGGAGGAGGAGGAAGAGGAAAAAGAUGAUUUAGAAGAUGAGGACAAUGAUGUUAUAGCCUUGGAUGAUUUACCUCAAGAGGUAUUAAAACAAAAAGUAAACGAGAAACCCUCUCCAAAAUCAGAGAUGACCGAUGCUAUAAUAACUUUAUCCGAUGGCGAGGAAGAUAUACCCGCUAGUGAGGAGGCUAUUAAACCGGGUAAAGUACAAAAACGGCGUAGUAUGGGCGCAGCCUCAGUGACAGCUGGACAAGAUGAAGAACGUUUUCGUUUGAAAAGACGUAAAAUUAAUGUGGCCGGUGCUCCUAAAAUGCCCCUAACCGGCUAUGUUCGCUAUAUGAAUGAUAGACGUGAUUCGUUGCGUAAAGAACAUCCUUCCAAAACUGCCAUGGAACACACGAAAAUGAUUGGUGAAGAAUGGCAUGCAUUGUCAUCGGAUGUUAAGGCGAAUUAUUUAAAGGCUGCAGAUGUAGAUAAACAAAGAUAUGUUAAGGAAUUGCAUAGUUUUCUAAAAUCGCGACCCGAUAUUUUAGCCAGUGAAUUGGCUAAAAAUAAAAUACGUAAAACCGGUGAAAACAAUAGUCCUAAUCCAACAGCGAACGCCGCAGCAGCUACGUCCACUAAUCAAAAACCAGUACUUAAAGAUAAACCACAAAUAAAUGAAGCAACAAAGUCUAAAGACAACAUGAGUAAGGAUAAGAUGACUAAAGACAACAUGCCCUCAACCUCAACAGCACCACUGGUCACAGAGAAGUUGAGCGUAAAUGAUAAAAACAAACGUAAACGUACACCAACACCACCCACUUCCACCACAGCCAACAAUAAUAACACGAAUACAACAAAUGCCAAUAUGACGAACACAACAGCGGCCAGCUGCAGCAGCAGCAGUAAUAUCACUUCCACUAUUGUAACACCCACACCCGGAGAAAUACCCAUUUUUACGAAUGAAUUUCUGGAACAUAAUAAAAUCUAUGACAUGGAAUUACGUUCUCUUAGAAAAUCGAAAACAGACUUGGAACAACAGAAUUCGGUAUUAGAGAAACAUGUUGAGAAUAUGAAAUUCGGUGUAGAGAAAAUGGUCACCGAAAACAAUGAGUUAGAAGAGAAGAAUAGACUUUUGGAAAUUUAUUUGGAUAAAUUAAAACGAAAAUUAGCUUUGGCUUUGGGGGGUUUGCCAUUGCCAACGGCACCCAAUGGUGCCACAGUGGAGAAUAUAGAUAAAUAUAUGCAGGAUCUAUAUAAAAUGUCCACUUCCAAUUCGCAUGGCCCGGCUACUUUGAAUAAGGCUAAGGAUAUUAUUAGAAAAUUAGAUUUACAAAUACAACUCUAAGUUUAUUUAUGAAAUUAUUCAAUAUAUUUGGAUUAUUAAUCAUCCUUAAUAUUGAAACCUUUUAAACAGAAAUUUGAAAUAUCCCCUUCCCCCUCUAACCAUGCUAUUUUAAAAUAUUAUUUUAAAGUAUUAGCUUUGCCGUCUAAAUAAACAAAUUAUACAAUUUUUUGUAAGAAUUAUUUAAUUUUAAUUCUUAUUAACUUUUAUUAUUCUUGUUUGUUUUAGAUGUCACAGCAUUUUAUUUGAAAUUUUAUAGUUUUCUCUAUGAUUUUAGUUACAACUUUUCUUUUCAUGUUUAUUUAAAUAUAUUCAUAUUAUUUAUGAAAUCUUCCUAAUGUUAAGUUUAUACUUUUGUUUAUUUUUGCAAAAGGUAUUCAGCUACAAACUAAUUUUAAGUGCUUGUUUUAUAUAACAAUAAAUUGAUUUUUGUGGUUUUGAUCAAACAUUCCCCAAAAAUUUAAAAAU